CUUUGAAGAAAUUUAAAAGUGAAAAUUGUUGUUGUAUACGAAAUAUGUAAUGAAAUUAAGUUUCUGCUUUAUUCGUAAAUGCAUGUUUUCAUGCCUGUUUGGUGAAUGGGUAAUAUUGAAAUUGCAGGUUGGGAGGGUUUUAAAAGGAAACGAGAAAUGUCACUUGACUGUCAUACGGCUGCAAGCCUUGGAGUUCUGGAAUUUUUCGUAGAUUGUAAACGGCAUGAAAUAUCGAGGAAGAACGCCACAGGCUGGACGCCACUCAUGUACGCCUGUGCUUUCGGCCACUCGCGCCUGGUGGAGCUGCUGUUGCAGCACGGGGCAGCGACAGACGUUCAUGACAACGUGGGUCGUACGGCUGUCAUGUUGGCGGUAGCUUAUGGCCACGCUGACAUACUGAACGUCUUGCUGCAGUCGUCACCUCAGGAAGCAUUGGAAGCAGUUGACGACAGAGGCUGGACAGCGCUGUUCUACGCUGCUCACAUGGGCCAGUUGGAGUGCCUGCAGGUCCUUAUCCAGCACAAGUGCGACGUAAACACCAUAGCAUCACAGAGCGGGGAGACGGCGCUGAUGGUCGCAGUGCGUUGCGGCAACAUGGACUUCGUGAAGGUGUUGUUGCGCUGUGGCGCGGAUGCCACUGUGGUGACUGGGAGUGGCACCUCUGCUCUCAGCGUGGCGGAGGCUCUGGGCUUCAUGGAAGUGGCUGACGUCCUCUGGAUCAACAUCGUUGGGACAUGUUGGGGAAGUUUGAGCCUCUCAAAGUUUUUGAACUUUUUGAACCUCAGCAAAUACGAUGCACUGUUUCUGUCCAAAAAUAUUGAUUUCAGCAAGUUUCUCACAAUGAAUGAGGAAGACUUGAAGAAAACUGGUGUCAGAAACAUCACAACAGUUUUAGGUUUUUGCAGUUUGUCAUCAUAUAUGAUCAAAAGCAGUAGUGGCAAAGAUGAUCCAGGUGUGACUUCAGCACCUGUUUGGAAAUUCUUCAAAAAAUUACCUGAUAACAGGAUGCAUUGCACUUUUUCCCUUCAGUCCUGAAAACUGAAUAUGGUUCAACAACAGGAAUGCACAGACUUCUCGGACCUCGUAAGAAGAUGUCGCUAGCAAUUUCUAAGUGGCACUAUUUUUCAAGUAUGCAAAUGAAAUUUCACUGGAUGCUGCAAAACAAUGCUCUGUUUAAUGUAUUCCCAUUGUCUGUAUAUGAGUCUGUAUCCUAGUGUUUUAGAGAAUUAGCUAGCAUGUUCAGACACUGAAUGUGAAACACAUAGAUACCUAGUAGUGUAAAUAAUUUCAUGAAUUCUGUGAAUGCGGCCUUUUUAUGAAUGUUAAUUUUUAAUGAUGUUUUAUCCACUCACUUAUUUUUAUCAUUUGUACAUUUCCACUUCCUGUAAAUAAAUAUUACGCACUUGUUAGGAUAUAAUCUGUGUGAGAGAUUAAAACUUAUGACCUGUGAUAUUUUUAAAA